UCACGAAAUGGCGAGCAGGAAAAUAUGACCUGUCUAUCAAUGACAAUGCAACACAUUGAAUAGCUUUCAAUUGUUUUGUAAACGAAGUAGUGGUUUUGGGUUUAUGCCUCAUCAAAGGAUAGAAUCAUUCUAUAUCGGAGUGACGUUACGUCACAUCAGCUGAGGAAGUUACGUGAAAAAGAGGAAACACUUCAGAUGGGCUUCCUCAUCGGGCAAAACAAGUGAAAUGACUACUAGCGCUCUGACACAGGGUCUGGAGAGGAUCCCUGAUCAACUGGGAUAUUUGGUGAUCAGUGAGGAUGGCGUAUUGGCAUCUGCGGGGGAGCUGGAGAAUGAUGAGCACACAGCUGGGGUCAUAAUGCAGAUGGUGCGGACAGCAUGUCACUUCAGACUACAGGGUGCUGCUGAGCCACCCUUCAAACGCAUGUCAGUCAUGCUAGAGGACUAUGUGUACACAGUGACCGUGUCUGGUCAGAAGGUGUUUGUGGUGAAACGUCAGAUCAACAAGAGGGAACCUGUAGUGGUGUAGAACCGUGUAGUGAAGAUGGGUUGGGAGGACGAAGGACAUCACUCCAAUCAAUUCACACAGGACAGGGACUCUGUAAUCCACUGAACUGUUGUGUUCCAUUCCUAGUUAUAUAAGGUUUUAGAACAACAGAAGAAAGCACAUAUGAAGUUGUACUGAACAAAAAUAUUAAUACAACAUGCAACAAUUUCAAAGAUUUUACUGAAUUAAAGUUCAUAGAAGGAAAUCAGUCAAUUGAAAUAAAUUAAUUAGGCCCUAAUCUAUGGAUUUCACAUAAGUGGGCAGUGGUGUGGCCUGGGAGGGCAUAGGCCCACCCACUGGGGAGCCAGGCCCAGCCCAUCGGAAUGAGUUUUUCCCCCCAAAAUUGCAUUAUUACAGACAGAAAUACUCCUCAACACUCCCCAUUCCCCUACUCAGAUGAUCCCGCAGGUUAAGAAGCUGGAUGUGGAGGUCCUGGGCUGUUGUGGUUACCCGUGGUCUGCAGUUGUGAGGCCAGUUGGAUGUACUGCCAAAAUCUCUAAAAUGACGUUUGAGGUGACUUAUUGUAGAGAAAUGAACAUUACAUUCUCUGGCAACAGCUCUGUUGGACAUUCCUGCAGUCAGCAUGCCAAUUGCAGGCUCCCUCAACUUGAGACAUCUGUGGCAUCGUGUUGUGUGACAACUCCACAUUUUAGAGAGGCCUUUUAUUGUCCCCAGCACAAGUGUAAUGAUCACGCUAUAGUAAUGAUCACGUUAUUUAAUACACUUCUUGAUAUGCCACACCUGUCAGGUGGAUGGCUUAUCUUGGCAAAGGAGAAAUACUCAUUAACAGGGAUGUAAACAAAUUUGUGCACAAAGUUUGAGAGAAAUAAGCUUUUUGUGCAUAAAGAAUUUCUGGGAUCUUUUAUCUCAGCUCAUGAGACCAACAUUUUACAUGUUAAGUUUAUAUUUUUGUUCAGUAUAGAUAUUGAAGAAUUCACAUUGAAUGGGCCAAAAUAUGCAUGUCAAACUGCAUGUCAUCUUAAUUGGUAACUUUGUAAUGAGAAAUGGAACAGAAUAGUGCCGUGGUGUAUUAGUCCCUACAGUAUGUGAUAAUGAAUUGUUGGUUUGUGUGUGGCAGGUAGACUGGAAUUCAAUCUAUUCAGUUUAUAGUAUCUGUGCACAUGCUAUUUAGUUUGAAUGCUCCCUAAUAACCCAGUAGGGUUUUGUUUAACAUACUGAAUGUUGCAGAUAGAAAUACCAUGGACAGAGCUGACAUCUUUUAAAUACCUCUGAGGUAUGUCUGUUAUACUUAAUACAUUUAAUUGUAUUAAUGUCAUGCCCUACGGAAUGUGGCUUGAUGGAAAAUUAUAUUUUCAAGGUGACUGCUGUUUUUUUCCUAACCUGUACUGAGUGUCAUGUGUGCAAUGUUUAUAUGUAAUUGCUAUCAGUACUAAUGUGUGUAUAUACAUAUGCAGUGACUGUUUUAUCGUGAGCUAUUGUCGUUGCAUGAUAAAUUGUCUGAAAUAUUUAGGGUCCUUCUCUAAAUGAAAUAACUUGGUUUUUACUAUUUUGAUUAUCUCAAAUAAAGCUUUGCUUAUAAACAUC